AUGCCGAAGCGCAGCAUCAAUACCGACGACGACGAUGUUCAGACACAGUGCCAGGAGGGGCUUUGGUUUGAUGCCGAGAAACACAGGAGUGAGAUCAGAGCCUUUCUGAGGGGCCCAAAGAGCACAGAAAAGUACGGAAUCAUCGACCUUUUCGGGGCUUCUGCGCAGAUGUCCAAGAUUUGGCGCAAAGCGGGCUGGGAGACUUUUGCUUUCGACAUCAAGAGUAACCCGGAGCACGACAUGACGAGCGCCAAGGGCUUUUGGACGCUCUGUGCUGAGGCCAAGAAGCUCAAAACGAAGGGCCUCAUCUUCGGGGGACCUCCCUGUUCCCUCUACGUGUGGAUCUCCAAGUCCAUCCACAAGCGGAGCCAGGAGAACAAGUUCCUCGGGGACACCUCGCGCUUGAAGGUCCGCAUGUCGAAUCGCAUCGUUGCGACUGGGUUCUUGUUUUAA